AUGACUUAUGCGGAUAGGGUCAAGAAUGUGUCCAUUGUAAAAAAGGAAGUUAAUUUCAGGAAGAUGGAUUCAGGAGAGACGAAACCUGAUGCAGAUGUUGUUAUCCCUCGAGAGGUAAUUCGUAAAGUUCAAGAGAAGUUUGUUAAUGUGUUAUAUGGUUACUUCUUGGGUAAUCGGCUGCCAUUCCCUGUUGUUGAGUACUAUGCCAAGAAUGUGUGGGCGAAGUUUGGAUUUACUAAGCUUAUGAUGAACGCUGACGGUUUCUUUUUCUUUAAAUUCGACUCCAAGGAGGGUAUGGCAAAAGUGUUGGAAGGUGGACCUUGGUUGAUCAGGAAGAUGCCGCUGUUUCUUAAUGUCUGGUCCCCGUCCGUUAGUCUUAAGAAGGAAGGAAUCAAAUCUGUGCCGGUUUGGGUAAAGCUCCAUAAUGUGCCUAUUGCUAUCUAUAGUGAUGAUGGAUUAAGCUUAUUAGCUUCUAAGAUAGGGGAACCAAAACGGUUGGAUGGUUAUACGGCUGAUAUGUGCUCGGAGAACUGGGGAAGGAGUAGUUUUGCUAGGGCUUUGGUUGAAAUUAAUGCAGAUCAUGAACUUAAGGAUCGCAUUGUUGUUGCCAUUCCAAAGCUUGACGAGGAGGGAUAUAUCAAUGAAGUAAUUAAUGUGGAAUAUGAGUGGAAGCCUCAGAGAUGCUCGAUAUGUUGCAUAUUCGGGCAUAAUGAUCAAACAUGCAGGAAGAAUGAAAAUAAGAAGAAUGAUACUAAGAAAGCCAAACAAGUAGUAGUGGAUGAUGAUGGGUUUACCGUGGAUAAGAGGAAGGUGGCUCGAGUGGGUGUUGUCCCAAAGAAACAAAAGCAGAAAUUUAUAUAUAAGCCUAAGUAUAAUAAAUCGGACCCGAGCACAUCAGGUACAAAGGAGGUAAAUGGUAACAUGAAGAAGGUGGAUAGUGUUAAAUCUCGUAAUUCCUUUGAAGCGUUAUCGGAAAUUGGUGAGCAAGAACUGAAAGAUGGCAAUGUGUUGAACAAGAACGUGACUAAUAAUACUGGGCAACAAUCUGAGAGGGAUGAUGAGGUGGAGGAGAUUAUUCCGACGGAGACGGCAAACUUCAUGAAGAAUGCUAGUCAUGAUCAGGUUUCUGAGGGGGCAAGCACUCCCGGUCAAAACGGUAUUAAUGGAUAG